AUGAUCAGAACUGUUAAACCGAAAAAUGCUAGAGCUAAGAGAGCUCUAGAGAAAAAAGAAGCAAAACUAAUUGAAAAUGUUAAAAAUGCUUUGUUUGUUCCAGGUCAAACUUCAAAUAAACUGUUACAUGAUGUCAUGGUAGACUUGAGUGCUUUGAAAAAACCUAAUAUGAAAAGAUUCGACAGGAAGAACGACAUCCAUCCUUUUGAAGACUAUUCAAAAUUAGAAUUCUUCAGUGAAAAAAAUGAUACUUCUUUAAUGGUAUUGGCUACAAAUUCCAAAAAACGUAAGAAUAAUUUGACCUUCGUACGUACUUUUGGUUUCAAGAUUUACGAUAUGAUCGAACUAAUGAUCUCUGACAAUUACAAAUUAUUGUCAGAUUUCAAGAAAAAAACUUUUACAGUAGGUUUAAAACCAAUGUUUGUCUUCCAAGGUUCUUCAUUCGAUACUCAUCCGGUCUACAAGCAGAUUAAAUCUUUGUUCUUAGAUUUCUUCUCUGGUGAAACUACCAAUUUACAAGAUGUAGCAGGUUUACAACAUGUCAUCACAUUAACUGUUCAAGGUGACUUCCAGGAAGGUGAAUCUUUACCUCCUGUACUAUUCAGAGUUUACAAGUUGAAAACUUACAAAAGUGAACAAGGUGGUAGAAAAUUACCAAGAGUCGAACUAGAUGAAAUUGGUCCUCGUUUGGAUUUCAACAUCGGUAGAAUACAUACUCCUUCUCCAGAAUUAGUUAAAGAAGCUCACAAGAGAGCUAAACAAUUGGAAACUAAAUCUGUAAAGAAUGUAGAAAGGGAUCAAAUGGGUGACAAGCUAGGUAGAGUCCAUCUAGGUAAACAAGAUUUGAAUAAAUUGCAAACCAGAAAAAUGAAAGGUUUGAAAUCAAGAUUCGAUCAAAUCGAUCCGGAAGAAGAAGAUUACUUAAACGACAGCGAAGAAGAAUUGAAUGCUCACAACAACGAUGACACUUACGGUGAAGACUUCGUCACCGCAAAUGAUGACGACGACGGUACUGAUGCUGACAAACAUACUGCUAAAAAGCAAAAACGUUAA